CGCCAUUUGGUCAAUUUAUCUCCAGCGUGUGAUCGUGAUUCGUAGCUCCAUCCUCCUUGUAUAAGCUCCUCAUCCAGCGUCCUCAUCGGGAUCAAAAGGCCGCCUCACCAUCGCUGCACACGUUUCUUCAAAAGCAUAUUCAAAAUGGCGCCUCCUACCCAGAAAGGAUUCUCCUGGUCCAACAUUGCCGUUGGUGCGGUCAUGAACAUGUUCGAGGUGACCACCCUCGGACAGCCGCUCGAGGUUAUCAAGACCCAGAUGGCUUCAAACCGGCAGCAGCCCAUGGCGCAGGCGCUUCGAACUGUUUGGUCGCGUGGUGGUGUCUUGGGAUUCUACCAGGGUCUAAUUCCGUGGGCAUGGAUCGAGGCCUCGACGAAGGGAGGGGUGCUCAUGUUCACCUCCGCGGAGAUUCAAAAAGUCGCCAAGGGCUCAGGCAUGAGCCCUGCGACAGCAGGCCUGAUUGGCGGUGUCGGAGGCGGCAUCGCGCAGGCAUACGCGACGAUGGGAUUCUGCACAUGCAUGAAGACUGCUGAAAUUACGCGUCACAAAGUCGCCGAAGCCGGCGUCAAGCCGCCAAACACUUGGGCCGUCUUUGGCGACAUAUACCGCCGCGAGGGUAUUCGCGGAAUUAACAAGGGCGUCAACGCAGUAGCAUUGCGACAGGCGACAAAUUGGGGUAGCAGAAUGGGUUUCGCGCGUCUGGCGGAGGCACCGAUCAGGAAGUUGUCUGGCAAGGGCGAGACUGACAAAUUGGGUGCAUUGGAGCGGAUUGCAUGCUCUACUAUCGGUGGAGCCCUGGGAUGCAUCAACCAGCCGAUCGAGGUAGUUCGUGUUGAGAUGCAAUCCAUGGCCAAGGGCGCCGCAGUGCGCACCGAGAAGCCGACAGUUAUGAACACACUGUCCUAUGUCUACAAGCAAAACGGCCUCAAGGGUCUCUACCGAGGUACCACCCCACGCAUCUUCCUCGGUGUCUGGCAGACGAUCUGCAUGGUAUCAUUUGCCGACUACGUCAGGGAAUUCCUUGACGCUUCCCCCACGAAGACCGCAUAAAGCCGCGCGUAGAGAGGAAUGUGAUUUGCCGCCGACGAGGCAGCCUACGUCGAACGCAGGACCAGGAGAGCGUGCGUCCCGUGAUCGUGGCCCUUCGCGUUUCAUCCUUCCAGAAAGACUUACCUGGCGCGUUAGCCGACGACCGGAUGCCGCUGCGGGCUGACCGGAUAGCCGGCGACGACGGAAGAUGAAGGACGGAGAUGAAGAGCAGAACAGGACAACUAGACUAUCAAGAAUUUGUAUGCGGGCGGGCAUCCUGUACUUUUUUCCGUUGCAAAUUGUUUCAAG